CUCGCUGAUGUAACGUCGGUAACGUCUCGUAACCGUAUAAUAGCCGCCUUAAUAUCUUAUUAUGAAGCAACAAUAUGUUUUGGAAGCUGUUUCAGUACACGUUUAAAAACAGCAAUAGAUAUGGUACAUUGCGACACACACAUCAUUACAUCUAUUUGACAUAUAACUGACACUUCUACGUUAACUUUCAGUCUCCCCAAUUAUGUUGUCAUUACAUGCUCGCUACUCAAGGUACCAUUGCAUAACACAUUAUAGCGUUUAAAGACGAACGCGGAAAAUCAACGCUAUUCGUAGUUGUCUGUAACUGAUAGACCCACUGAUCUGGAAGAGGUCGCUGAUUUAAAAGUGCUCCAGACCUAUCGUGGAAACAGUACGCGUUUGACUUUUGCACAGUGUACUGUAUGGAUUCUCAGUGUAUUUGGACGGACUCUCGGAUGCAGACAUGACUCUCCUGCCGCUACUUUUUUGUGUCAUAGUCGCAGGAGCGGCUGGCCUUCCUCAUCGUAGAUCGACCGAUUAUACCAUAUGUGAGACCGAUGCAUGCCGCUUAGUUGGAGAAUCGAUUCAAAAUAGUAUCGACAAAUCUGUCGAACCUUGCACUAAUUUUUACGGAUAUGGAUGCGGCUUGUGGGCAAAAAAUAAUCCCGUUCCGUCCGACAAUGUACAAUGGUCUACGAUGCAUUUGAUAGAUUUAAGGACCUCUCGUCGCUUAAAAGAGGUUCUUGAAGGAGAAAGCGAAUAUGACAAUUUGGAGCCUAUAAAAAAGUUGAAACGAUAUUACCAUUCGUGCAUGGACGAUGACGCUAUCGAAAAGCGAGGAAUUGAACCUAUACAGACACUGGUGGAUGCGAAUGGUGGAUGGCCGAUUCAGUUAGGACAUCAAGAAUCAAACGCUGAAAAUUACACCUGGCAGGAAAUCGACAAUAAUUACAUCAAAAUGUUUUACACCAGCACUUUCAUUGAAUUCGGUUAUAUACCUGAUCAAGAGGACGCGUCCAAAACUAUACUUUCGAUAUCACAAGGAAUAGGUUCUUAUCUUGAGGAGGAACUUGUCAAUAGACGCUCAUUCUCACUCCAUGACGUUACUAAACUGACAAAUAUACUAAAAGCCUUCAAGAAACACAAAGGAAUUGAAACUCCUCCUGAGAAAUUUGCCGCAGACUUGGAAGAAUUACUUAGCUUUCAGCAAGAUGUCAAAAACAUUAGCAAACAUGAAAAGGAAAUCCAGAAAGGAUUGAAAAAGGUCGAGGAUAAAAUGACAAUUGCAGAAUUACAAGAAUAUUAUGAUCAGGCUGGAGCGCAACAUCCUACCGCGCAGAUAAACUGGCUGCACAUAAUACAAGAGCUCCACAAGCCUGUUAACAAAGUCAUUGAUGCUUCGUUUUCUGUGCUGGUGGAAAAUAAAUAUCUUUUUCACAAAUUGGCACAUUUGCUGAAUGCUACUCCACAGCACGUGAUCGUCAGUUACGUUCAAUGGAAUUUAAUAAGUCAAUUUCUGCCGUUAUUGAAUAAAGAAAUGAGAGACAUUGAGUUUGAAUCAGACUAUAUGGGACUUAAUGUGACCGAGCAAAAUCCCCGGUGGAAAACAUGCAUCGCAGAUAUACCGUUGCAAGACGCUUUGUCCUUCUUAUUUAUAAAAAAAUUUCACUCGCCAACCACAAUACAAGCUGUGACGGAUAUGUUAGACGAUCUAAAAGUAGAGAUGAAGGAGCGUAUAUUGCAUUCAGAAUGGACGAAUGACAAUGCGAAGAACUUUAUGAUAGAUAAAAUAGACAAUAUCAUGUCAUUGAUUGGUUAUCCCAGCUGGUACAACAAUGAAACUGCUCUCAUCGAGCGUUACGAAGGAUUGGAGGUUGGGGAAAAUUAUUUCAAUAAUAAGGUCGCGAGCAUAAUAUUCGAGAGCCUCAGAAUACUUAUGCAAUCUAUGAAACCUGUAGAUAGAUCUAUGUGGCUUGUUUCGCCUAUAACUCUCAAUGCAUUUUAUCUUGGGCCGAUGAACUUAAUAGUUAUACCUGCUGCUGAGGUCCAGGAUCCGUUUUUCACUCCUGGUAUGCCACUUGCGGUUAACUACGGUGCGAUAGGUAUGAUUGUUGGACACGAACUCGCGCACAGUUUCGAUACUACCGGAAUCGAAUACGAUAAGGUCGGUAAUAAGAUUACAAGUGAUGCAGAGACCAGUGAGGCUUUUGAAGAAAGGGUGAAGUGUUUCAUAGAUCAGUAUGGUAAUUUCACGCUGGUUGCCGCAGGCAACAAUGGAAAACCUCUGAAAUUGAACGGGCUGUUUACCAAGGACGAAAAUGUCGCUGACAAUAUUGGUCUGGAAGUUGCGUUCACGGCAUUCCAAAAGCGCAAAUUACUGGCUGGACUGCAACCGAAAUUGCCCGGGUUGACAGAUGUCAGCGAUGAACAACUGUUCUUUUUAUCCUUCGCAAACACCUGGUGUAUGGCAACAACAGAAGUGUUGGAGGCAGCCUUGGCUAAUAUUGAUGAGCAUAGCCCUAACAAAUAUCGUGUCCUCGGUACUGUGGCUAAUAUGGCAACCUUCUCUGAUACUUUCAACUGUCCAGUCCAUAGUCUACUUAAUCCAGAUUCGAAAUGCACUUUGUGGAAGUAAUUUGGAACGCUGGAAUGACUUUUAACAAGAUGAGUUACAUAAGGCGGACACGUGUUCCUUCUCCAUCGGAAUAGUGUUAUGUAACAAAGAUGCGCUUUUAGUGUUGCAAACUGCACAAAACAAUUGACAAAAUGUCGGCAAUGUAAUUCUGUGAGAAUUGUUUGUUAAUGUUGCUAAUGUUAAAAAUAAAGUUUUUAAAAUGAGA